UGUCUGUUACCUCUUCAUUGCACUACAGACGUCUUGCGUUUCUCUUCUACAUCAUUUUGUUACACCAAACAAUGCUAAUGGCCGCCCAAGGCAACAACAAUAAGCAGAAAACAGGGUCGGCAGGCAGCAUUGGUGCCAUCAUAGACUCCACGACUCGAGCCGGAAAAGAAGAGAAGAUUGCCAUCGAGAUGGCCUUCAGAGAUUUCCGCCGCUCCACGGGUUUUAAAGCAACAGCACACUUGAGAAAUUCUAGAGGCGAUCCGGUUCAGGCAGCCUCGAUUGCAAUGUGCCUCAUCAACGAUCAGCACGUGCAAGCAAUCCUUGGUCUCCACACCUGGGAGGAGACAAUGUUCGUGGCCCAGCUUGGUGACAGAUCCCACGUGCCAAUUCUUUCCUUAGCUGACGAUGCCCCACCUUCGUCCCCUCACCAACCAUUCCUAGUUCAAAUGGCCCCCAGUCACCGGUCCCAAAUGCAAGCUGUGGCCGCUAUCGUUGGUUCAUGGGAGUGGCAGAGGGUGGUGGUCAUCUACGAAGACUACAACUACGCCGCAGCCGGAGACAUCGCCGAUCUUGCGGAUGCCCUCCAAGAAGUGAACUCCAAUAUCGACCGUCGAUCAGUCUUCCCCUUCUUUGCCUCCCAACAGGACUUAAUCAUUGCAAUUCAAGAAGAGUUGGACACCUUGAAAAGCAUGCAAUCUAGGGUAUUUAUUGUCCACUCAUCAUUCACCUUCGCUGUUCAAUUGUUCUCACAGGCCAAGAACAUGGGAAUGAUGGGAAGAGAUUAUGUGUGGAUCACCACAGACAGCAUUACAAAUCUCUUGAACACCGCCAACCUGUCCAUUAUUUCUUCCAUGCAAGGUGUUGUCGGUGUCAGGAGCUACUUCCCGCGGACCAGUUGGCAGUUUAAGGAUUUUUGCAUCCGAUUCCGGCAACGUUUUCGUAAGAAAUAUCCCAUAGAAGAUAACUCAGAACCCAGUAGUUUUGGAGCCCGAGCAUAUGAUGCUGCAUGGGUUGUGGCUCAAGCCAUGGAAGGGCUUGGAGAAGGAGCUUGGUCAAAAAGUCAAUGGUCAAACAGUUCUACCGUGUUGACUGAUCUUAGGGUUUUCUCAGAGGGUAAACAGUUGCUACGACGUAUUGUAUGGAGUAAUUCAGCUAGAUUAAGUGGCCAUAUCCGCUUCUUAAAGGGUAGAUUGGUGCAAGCGGCUGCUCUUGAGAUUGUUAAUGUGGUGGGAAGAAGUUACAGAGAACUUGGAUUUUGGUCACAACAAUCUGGUUUUUUUGGCAUGGAUGGAGUAGAACUGAACAACAGCACAUUUAUGCCCAUUUUGGGCCAUGUGUUUUGGCCGGGGGGCUCUUAUGUGCGCCCUAGAGGAUGGGCCACCCCAACAACCGCAAAGCCUCUGCGGAUCGGAGUUCCUGAGAAAAGUUCAUUUAGCGAGUUUGUAAAGACGAGAUUCAAUGCAACUUCGAAUGAAUCAUAUUUUGAGGGCUUCUCCAUCGAUGUUUUCCGGAAUGUUGUGAGCAACUUGCCGUAUGAUUUACCUUACAAGUUCGAACCUUACAGGGGCACCUAUGACUCUAUGGUUGAGAAGAUUCAUCUCAAGACCUUUGAUGCAGUAGUUGGGGAUACAGUGAUCGUGGCCCACCGUUGUAAGUAUGCUGAAUUCACUCAUCCAUAUGCAGAAUCAGGGGUCAAAAUUUUGGUCCUUGAGGAACCAGAGGAAUCAAGGGCUUGGAUUUUCAUGAAGCCAUUCACGCUGAGAUUGUGGGUUCUAGCAGUAGCAGUGAACAUCUAUAAUGGAGUGGUGGUCUGCUUGAUCGAACGUAACAGCGGCAAUGAAUUUUUCAGGACGGGUUCGUUAUGGUAUCAAGUUGGUUCUUCCAUUUGGUUCUCCUUCACCACCCUCUUUUCCAGGCAUGGUGGGGAACUCCACCGCAAUCUGGCUCGAAUGGCUACAGUGGUGUGGCUCUUCGUCGCACUCAUAUUGACGUCGAGCUACACGGCUAGCCUAACAUCCAUGCUUACCGUCAAACGGCUCGAACCGCGGCCCAUCACGGUGGAGUCCUUGAUCAGGUCCAGAUCGAUGGUUGGCUGUGAUAGUGAUUCUUUCGUGGUUAAAUACCUGGAAGUUCUGGGGUUCGAGACCAAGUACAUAAGGAAAUACGACAAUGGGGAAAAAAAAUACCCAAUGGCCCUCAAGACUAGAGAGGUAGCAGCCGUUUUCCUGGAGGCCCCUUACGUGAAGUUGUUUCUGGCCACUAAUUGCAAGGGCUACGCCACAGUGGGCCCCACAUUGGAGGUGGGGGGCUUCGGCUUUGUGUUUCCAAAGGGUUCGCCUCUUGCAAUCGACGUCUCAGAAGCGACCCUGAAAGUGCGGGAAAAUGGCCUAAUAGGCAAACUUGAAGAUAGCUUGCUGGCCUCUUCCAAGUGUCCAAGUUCAGGAUCCAACGGUGAGAACGGUAGCCUCACACCAAGUAGCUUCUGGGGACUCUUCGUUAUCACAGUUGGGGCAUCGACGGUGGCCCUUGUACUCUUCCUCAUCUGUCGGGUUCAUGAAAAUUGGAUAGUUUUGCGCACAUACAUGAAUAUUCAUGGACUCAUAUGGGCCCUUGCCGAGCGUUGGAUGGAAGUGAUGCACCAUUUGUCCACGCAGAUACCUGCUAUGUAUAAUCUAGACCGUCGAUUCAAUGGCAUUGAGUUGACCCAACAGAGAAGGGAGUGAAGCACCGGAAGAUGUCUUAGUAAAUAUAUAUGAAUUAUUGAUUUUUGAGAGAGAAUGACAUAGUGACCCUUUUUCGUGUAAGCAUACAGAUUUCGACUGUUGAUAUUUAUAGACAAAAUGGACCAUUGAAAGGAGAUACUAGUGUGGUUCACAUUUAACA